GUGCUCAGGCCAAUGGAAGGCGGGGUUAGUGCGAGGUGCGGAACUUUUGUUGCGGCUACAAGUCUGAGAGAGGAAGGAAAGCGGCCCUGAGUGAAGUGGGCCAAACCCUUUUACUAUGGACGGUGACAAGAUUGGCAAAGUGGAUCAGGUCAUGCAGAAUCCACAGGCCAUGGCUGCUGUUCAGGAGCGACUUGAAAGUGCAUCACAUGCUCCAUCCACCAUCAUGGAUAGUAUGCCAAAACAGGUUAAGAGACGAGUUAACGCCUUAAAGCAGCUGCAGGUUAAAUGUGCACACAUAGAAGCCAAAUUUUAUGAGGAAGUCCAUGAACUAGAAAGGAAAUAUGCGGUCAUGUACCAACCACUGUUUGACAAGAGACGUGAAAUAGUUACCGGUAGUAUUGAGCCUACAGAUGAGGAGUGUGAGUGGCACAGUGAAGAAGAGGAGGAUGAGUUAGCUGAAGAUAUGAAAAAGAAAGCAACAGUAGAGGAAAAUAAAGAAGAUGCGGUACCAGAGGAAGAGCUUAAAGGAAUCCCAGGGUUCUGGGUGACGAUAUUCCGGAACGUAGAUAUGCUAAGCGACUUGGUACAUGAGCACGACGAGCCAAUCCUGAAUCACUUACAGGACAUCAAAGUUAAGUUCUCUGAUCCUGGACAACCAUUGAGUUUCACGUUAGAGUUCCACUUUGAGCCCAAUGACUUCUUCAGCAAUGCUGUCCUAACAAAAGUCUACAAGAUGAAGUCAGAACCAGACCAGGCAGACCCUUUCUCUUUUGAAGGGCCUGAAAUUGUUGACUGUGAAGGGUGUUUAAUUGACUGGAAGAAAGGCAAAAACGUCACUGUAAAAACAAUCAAAAAGAAGCAGAAGCACAAGGGCCGUGGCACAAUGAGGACAAUCACGAAACAAGUACCCAAUGACUCUUUCUUCAACUUCUUCAACCCUAUCAAAGUUUCUGGCGAUGGAGAGGCAUUGGAUGAAGAUUCUGAAUUCAGUUUAGCGGAAGAUUUUGAAGUUGGACACUUUUUCCGUGAACGGAUAGUUCCUCGGGCAGUGCUAUAUUUCACUGGAGAAGCCAUAGAAGAUGAUGACGAUAAUUUUGAAGAGGAGGAGGGGGAAGAAGGUGAGGAGGAGGAAGAUGUGGAUGAAGAUGAAGAGUAUGAUCCUAAGGCAUAAUUCAUGUGUCAAUUCAUACAUUUCUAG